ACAGCUCUGUCUCCACCUUUUGUCUCUCAAACCUCUUUAAAGUAAACCCAAUAAAACCCACUCACGCUCCUCUCCAAGUAGUAGUGGUAAGUAAGAACAGAUGUCAAACAACACUUCCCCUGUUUCUCCCAUGCCCCUCUCUCAACACUUCAGCGACUAUGGCUUCGAUCCCCAAAUCGACUACUUUCAGGUUUUGGAAGAAGCAAGAAAGCACAAGAAAGAAACUUCCUCCAUUGACAGUAUGCAUCAAUUCAAGCUCCAGAAGCCUAUAUCCAAAGACGACCUGAUCCGAACCGCUCUCCACAAGAAGAAGAAGCGUUGGUUCUUGAAAAACGCUUUGCUCUUCUUCAGCUGGCGGAAAUGGCGAAGGCGAGACAGUCAUUACGCAGGGGAAGGAGACGUGGAGAUGGAACUCGACGUUCACAUGGCGAGGGCUAGGAACUUUCGCGCCUCAUCAGUCGGACCCGGUUCGAUAUCUGGUCCGGUUUACGUGACGGAGAGCUGGAGCGGUUCGAGCACACCGUACCGAACGAUAAGACCUUCUUCGCUGACGUCGACGCCAGCUGCUGUUCCGUAUAUGAGUCUACGGGAGCUUAACAUGGAGCGGCAACACAGGAGCAACGCAUCUUCUUCUAGGUCGGGUCCUCUUUACUUGGUCACGUGAUCCCCUAUAUAUUAAAAGAGAAGCAUUUUUAAAACUUACCUUAAAAAUUUAUUGGCAAGGAAUGUGACGUGGUGACGUGGCUUCACGAGAAGGUUUUGAUUAGUAAAACGCUUAUGUGUCACGCAAAAAACGCCUCUCAACAAAACUGUGAAUUUAAUGCGUUCACACUAACAUUCCUUUAAAAGAAAUUCAUAUCAUCUAUAUUUUCCUCGACAAACAUUUUUACGUGAUAAACCUUCAGUUUCAAGUUAGAUUAGUUGAUUUAUCAAUCCACUCAAUAUAAUCAUAGCAUCAAUAAAGAUUUCUUAUUCCUC